UUUCAAUAAAACAGAAACCUUAUAUUAAUCAUACAAAAUGCAGACCUCACUUCUUCACGAGCUAAUUGUUGGAAAUCCAAUCGUAUCAGCAACAUAUGAUCAGCUUCAAAAGUCGUUUAAUAGAUACUUACCUGAUCCUGCCACUCAAUGUCAAUAUUCAACCACAACAUCAAAGCAAAGUAAAAUCUCUUUUCCUUUAUCAUAUUUGACUGUAAACAAGCUUGGAAGGAAGGCUGAUAUUUCACAAGGAAUCCAAGAACAUGUGAGAUUGGGGACAAAGAUAUCUGAAACUGUUAAGAGGAAAUUGAGCUUAGGGGCUCGCAUUCUUCAAGUGGGUGGAGUGGAGAAAGUCUUUAAGCAGUUUUUCAGUGUGAGAGAAGGGGAGAGGCUGCUGAAAGUUUCCCAGUGCUAUCUGUCCACCACAUCAGGCCCUCUAGCAGGUCUUCUCUUCAUCUCCACUGAAAAGGUUUCCUUUUGCAGUGAGAGAUCAAUGAAAGUCUUUAAUCAGAAAGGCCAAAUGUGUAGGAUCCGUUACAAGGUUGUCAUUCCACUGAAGAAGAUCAAGUAUGUGAAACAAAGUGAAAAUGUUCAGAAGCCAAGACAGAAGUACAUAGAGAUAGUCACAGUGGACAAUUUUGAUUUCUGGUUUAUGGGUGUCUCAAAAUAUCAGAAAACUUUUAAAUACCUUGAGCAGGCAUUUUCUCAAGCUUAGAUGAGUAUCAAAAUCCGCCGUUUGGGCUUGAAGCUUCAUGUUUUAAGGACAAACAUCUUGAUACAAGAGAUGAUCAGAAACAAAAACAAGAGCCACUUCACUUCAUUGCAUUAUCCAUCCCGAUGAUCAAAACAUCUCAUGACACUUAGGCUUUCCAUCCAAGACCCAACAUUGAGCUGUGAUAGUGGAUGGAUAUGGUUCAUAUUAGAUGAGCUGCAGACUUAGCUGCCAGCAUAUUGUGGAUAAACAUUGUGAAUGCAAUAGUUCAUCAUUUGGUGCCUGCUUUGUUGCAGAAUCCAAGCUAUAUGUAUUCAGUCACUGGCAAUGCUAAGGACCAUAUUGCUUUUGCAGAAGACAUCCAUCCAGGGACUGCUCUAUGAAGGGAAAUUGUGGUUAUUCUAGAAGACAAGAUUGAAGGAAAAAUAUAUAGAAAAGGUGGGAAGAAAACUGCAAUGGGAUCCGAUGAACAAGGAAGUCCAACAUGAGACGAGAUAAUGUGUGUAGAGAUGUUUUGUAAGCUUAUGGAUUUAUUAUGUAAAAGUUUUCAGGAACCAGAAUUUGUAUUUCAGAUUGUAU